AUGAUAUAUUAUUUAUUGUAUGUUUUAUUUAUGCUUUAUAAUUUCUUUGUGCCUGUUUGUUAUUCAAAUAUGAAUAAAAAAAUAUGUAUAUAUGGAGGAUCAUUUGAUCCAGCUACCUAUGGUCAUGAAAUGGUACUUUCAAAAAUUAGCAAUUUGGAGUGGGUAGAUGAAAUAUGGGUAGUUAUAUGUAGAUGCAGAUAUGAUAAAAAUCUUGAAGCGUUUGAGCAUAGAAAUAAUAUGUUUUCCAUAAUGUUAGAAAAUAAUAAAUAUCCGAUGAAGAAAAAUAAAAUAUUUGUAAAAGAUUUGGAAUCUGAAAAUACAACUGCAACAUAUGACUUAUUAAAUAUGCUAAAGAAGACAUAUCCUCAAUAUGAAUUUUAUUUCAUUAUUGGAUCUGAUUUAUUAAAUGAUUUAACUUCUUGGGAUAGUGGUGAACAAUUAGUCUCUGAAAAUAAUUUCAUUGUUAUCGAGAGGGGUGAUUUUGAUAUAAAUAAAGAUAUAUUAAAAAAAAUGUUUAAAUAUUAUUUAAUCGAAAUUCCAAUCAAGUCUUUUGUUAAUUAUAUUUCUUCAACUGAUGUAAGAAAAUUAUUAGUUAAACAAAAUAAUGAAGAUUUAAAAAAAUAUAUCAAUUCAAUGGCUAUAAAUUAUAUAAAUAAUAAUAAUUUAUAUAAAAGUUAUGGGAAAUAA